ACUCAUCACAGCUCUUUGUUUGACAUGAGUCUAUUAUCGCGUUGCUAUUUCUUCGUCGCUGCACCUGAAAGACCGAGUGCCACUAUAUGUGUCUUGAAUGCUUCGUUUCCGUACUGCCUGUCUCGAGAUCCUCUCUCAAAGAUCGUUGCGUCACAGUUGUCUCGGUACGAUGACUCGGCAUAACAAACAGGGAAACAAGGGAAAGAGCAACGUUCUGAAGAAACCUGCUCUUACCCAUUUCCUCUGCAUUCCACUCGUAAACUCCAUUUCCAAACCCCAGCUCGAAGCCAGUGUCAGCAAGUUCAAGGAAGACGUGUGUAGACCUGCUCCAGAUGAGUCUGUAGGGGUCAAAGUUUCAGCAGAGGAAAACGACGACACCUCUAUCAUCACGACCGAAAGCCUUAGCAAGGAUGCUACAGCUUUUGGAGAUAAACCUCGCGAGGAGAUCGACCAGAGAUCAGCAUCGGCACUACAAGCACCCCUCAUACCUGAGAAGGCAGUUAGACCAAUUGGCUCGCUUCAUUUGACCCUCGGAGUGAUGAGUCUUGAUGAAGAGAAGCUUGCUCAAGCCUCGAACCUCUUACAAUCCUUGAAUCUGGAUAAACUACUUCAUGAAGCAUCAACACCAACGACGAAAUUGGACGAUGUGACGGUACCAGCAACAGAAGUAGCCGCAACAGAUCCGGCCCAGCGAUCCCUCAAGACCGAACCUCUGACCAUAUCUCUCGAGUCUCUGGAACCAAUGCAAUCACCACGAAAAACAAGCAUCCUCUACGUCAAGCCUCAAGAUCCAACGAAUCGCCUGGCACCUCUAUCUCAAGCUCUACGGACAGCCUUUACAGAAGCAGGACUGCUGGUCCCCGACACAAGACCACUAAAACUACAUGCCACAAUCGUCAACACAAUCUACGUCAAAGGCCGAAAGAGAAGAGGUAAAAGCAAGAAAGAGGGCGAGAAGACUGCAAAUGCUUCACCGGAACAUACAAAGGACGACAGAACGAUCCAAGAGACAACUCAACCUUCUUCAGACACCCAGCCAUCAUCCUCGACCUCCUCUCAACCACUGACAGCAAAUACCCCAUCCUCGGGCCACGGUCCCUCGGCAACUUCAUCGCUAUAUCUAGACGCCACAAAUCUUCUCCCUCGUUAUGCGAAUCACGUCUGGGCUUCUGAUAUUCCAAUCUCCCGCAUCGCUAUUUGCGAGAUGGGGGUCAAGAAACAUGUUUCUGCUGACGGGAAAGUCGAAGAAGCAUACAAGGGAGUGGCAGUCAGGGAGAUUUGACGUACAAUACCUUGACAAUGUUCAUUCCUAGUCUGCUAGUCGCUGAUUGAGAUCACCUCUUGAAGGCAUUGGAGGAGGGAUAGUGUAGUGAUGUCUGGAGGCAUUUUAUAACAUUGAAGAAAUAUUGAGUUAGAGGUCAGAGACAGAAGAGUUGAGAAUGAGCACUCUUGGUUUAUCUACAUGCGGUCCUGAAUUCGAACCAUGCAAACACAAGACAUAUUUUGGCG